UGUGUGUUCCUUUCUAGGCCCUCGUGUAAAGUUUUCUUUGCUGCGGAUCCCAUCAAAAUAGUGCGAGCCCAGGGGCAGUACAUGUUUGAUGAGAACGGCGAGCAGUACUUGGACUGCAUCAACAAUGUCGCCCAUGUGGGACACUGUCACCCCAAGGUGGUCAAAGCUGCUGCGAAACAGAUGGAACUGCUCAACACAAACUCGCGGUUCCUCCAUGACAGCAUUGUGGAGUACGCCAAGCGCCUGUCAGCGACCCUGCCGGAGACACUGUGUGUUUGCUUUUUUACAAACUCAGGAUCUGAAGCCAAUGACUUAGCCUUACGCCUGGCUCGGCAGUACCGAGGCCACCAAGAUGUCAUCACCCUGGACCAUGCUUAUCAUGGUCAUCUGUCAUCUUUAAUUGACAUCAGUCCAUAUAAAUUUCAAAUUGGCAAACAUGUUAAGAAAGAAUUUGUGCAUGUGGCCCCACAUCCAGACACUUACAGAGGCAAAUACAGAGAAGACCACCCCGACCCAGCCACUGCUUAUGCAAACGAGGUGAAGAAAAUGAUCCAGGAUGCUCAUGACAGCGGAAGGAAGAUUGCUGCCUUUAUUGCUGAAUCCAUGCAGAGUUGUGGCGGACAAAUAAUCCCUCCAGCAGGCUACUUCCAGAAAGUGGCAAAAUAUGUACAUGGAGCAGGGGGUGUGUUUAUAGCUGAUGAAGUUCAGGUGGGCUUUGGCCGAGUUGGGAAACAUUUCUGGAGCUUCCAGAUGUGCGGUGAAGACUUUGUACCUGACAUCGUCACCAUGGGAAAACCCAUGGGUAACGGCCACCCAAUGGCAUGUGUGGUGACAACCAAAGAAAUCGCAGAAGCCUUCAGCAGCUCAGGAAUGGAAUAUUUUAAUACGUAUGGAGGAAAUCCCGUGUCUUGUGUUGUGGGUCUGACUGUCUUGGAUAUAAUUGAAAAUGAAGACCUUCAAGGAAAUGCCACCAGAGUAGGGAAUUAUCUUACUGAGUUACUGACUGAACAGAAAGCUAAACAUACUUUGAUAGGAGAUAUCAGGGGCAUUGGCCUGUUUGUUGGGAUAGAUUUAGUGAAGGACCAGCAGAAACGGACCCCUGCUACCGCCGAGGCCCAGCACGUCAUCUACAAGUAAAUCCACCCCAUGCCAAGGUCCAGCCACUUGAUACCCCAUUUUCACUUACUCCCAUGUCCAAACACAGGGGGACUUAAGGCACGUGCUAACUUUAAAAGUGGGUUUCCUGCAUGCAGAACACCUCGCUUCUUUGGCUUACGUAGCUCUUGAAUAACUAG